AUGGCAUCAUCAUCAUCUUCUCCAUCGGCUCCGGCCCUUUCUUCUCAGUCAUGGAAGUACCAUGUUUUUCUUAGCUUUAGAGGAGAAGAUACUCGCAAUACUUUUGUGGGUCAUCUCUACUCGGCUCUCGAACAACAAGGUAUCUACACAUACAAAGACAACGAAACACUUCCCCAAGGAGAAUCAAUCCACCCAUCCCUUAUGAAGGCUAUUGAAGAAUCACAGAUAGCCAUCAUCGUAUUUUCAAAAAACUAUUGUGAUUCAUUGUGGUGUCUGGAUGAACUUGCACAUAUUAUGAAAUGCAGGGAUACGAGAAGCCAGAUUGUUAUGCCUAUAUUUUAUGAUGUGGAUCCCUCUGAAAUACGAAAACAAAAACAGAAGUACGGAGAAGCAUUUGCUAAACAUGAGUUGGAGAACAAGAGGAAAGUUGAAUCUUGGAGAAAAGCACUUGUGGAUGCAAGUAAUAUUUCUGGAUGGGAACCCAAGCACAUUGCCAAUGGGCAUGAACCAAAAGGCAUCAAACAAAUUGUUGCCGAAAUUUCACAGAAGUUGCAUCGAGGGGUUGGGGGUGGUGGUAAGACUACUCUGGCAUCUUCCAUAUAUGAUGAAAUCUGUAGGCAGUUUGAUGGUUGUUGCUUUGUUCAAAAUAUUCGAGAGGAAUCAAGCAGGUAUGGUUUGGGAAAGUUAGAAGGAGAGAUUCUUUCAAAAAUGGGAGUAAACAAUGUUGGAGGAGGAAGAUGCAUGAUUAAGGAUAGGUUGUGCCAUAAAAAGGUGUUGAUUGUUCUAGAUGAUGUCGAUCACCUUGAGCAACUAAAAACGUUGGCUGGAUCACAUGAUUGGUUCGGUGAAGGAAGUCUAAUAAUUAUAACAACCCGUGAUAAGCAUUUAUUAGCUGCACACCAAGUAAAUGUGAUGCACAAUAUUAGCUUGUUAAAUAGUGACGAGGCUAUGAAGCUUUUUUGCAAACAUGCACCCCAAGAUAACAGACCUUUGGAAGAUUAUCAGCAACUUUCAAAAGAAGUGGUGUCUUAUGCUGGUGGGCUUCCAUUAGCACUUACAGUUCUUGGUUCUUUUCUGCGUGACAAAGACAUCAAUGAGUGGAGGAGUGCAUUAGCCAGACUGAAAGAGAUCCCAGAUAGUGAUAUUCUGGAAAAGCUAAAGAUUAGCUUUGAUGGGCUUAAACUGGUUGAGAAAGAGUUGUUCCUUGAUAUUGCAUGUUUCUUUAGGAGGGAGGAUAAAGAUAAGGCAAUGAGAAUCCUUGAGGCUUGUGGUUUUCAUCCUGUUAUAGGAGUGAAGGUGUUGAUACAAAAGGCUCUCAUAACCAUUUCGUAUGGAUUGUUUGAUAUGCAUGACUUGGUGCAAGAAAUGGGACACCACAUUGUUAGAGGGGAACACCCUAACAAUCCUGAAAAACAUAGUAGGUUGUGGAAGAAGGAAGAUAUUUUUAAGAUAUGUGCUAUGGAUGCAACAACGGAGCUUGAUAUGAUUGAAGCAAUAAGAUUUGAAUACAGCAGUAAGGAUCAGUUACAAAGGCAUAAACAUCAUCCUGCGAUUGUUGCAAACACUAAGAACCUUAGGUGGAUUGAUUGGGAAGGUGAUCUUGCAAAUCCAUUUCUUAGUAACUUUCCACAAAAGACGCUUUGCUGUCUAAGAUUGAAUAACAGCUUGCAAAGACAACUUUGGGAGGGUUAUAAGUUGCUGCCAAAUUUGAAGACAAUUGAACUUCGGAGUUUGCGUAACCUAAUCACAAUACCAGAUUUUGAUGGAAUUGCAAAUCUUGAAAAAUUCGUUCUUAGUGGAUGUUUAUAUUUAGAAGAGAUUCAUCCAUCGAUUGGAGGCUUGGAAAGGCUUGUUUCCUUAUCCAUAUCAAGUUGUUUCAAUCUUAAAAGGUUCCCACCCAUUCCCAAACUACAGAAACUUGAGAUCCUUUCAUUCACAGGGUGCAGCAAACUUUUUAAGUUCUCAGAGAUUCAAGAAGAGAACAUGGAGAAUUUACCAUGUCUUGAUUUCGAUAAUAGAAGGAAAGAAGUUGCAUCUUAUAUAGAAUCAUGUGCAAACUUUUUUGUUAAUUGUUGGAGGUGUUGUUGCAGCAAUAUUCCUGGUGUAGAAUGGUGUUCACAGGAGCCUUUAGCUAAAAACAACAUGAAGACUUGCUUACGUGACAACAACAUGAACAACAUAGGGUUACAGUUUUGUCUGAGAGACUUACGAGAGUUGGAUCUCAGCUACUGCAGGUUAGGAGAUGAAAACAUGAGCUCUGCUGUUUGGGAGUUACCCAACUUGCAAAAACUCGAUCUAUCAAGAAACAAAUUUUCACGGUUGAAUCUUAGCCCCUUGCGGCUUCCUCGGCUCAAAUGUAUUGAUGUUUCAUGCUGCAAAAACCUUGUAGAAUUGUCAGAUCUGCCAUCAAGUAUAGCUGUUGUUAUAGCAGAUGGUUGCAAGUCACUUGAAAGCUUUGGAGAUAUUUCAAACUGCAAAUGGUUGUGGAAAGUCUCACUUUGGCGUGGGAACAAAUUUUUUGGUUACAUAUUACUAGAUUCCAUGAUCCAGGGAAAUGCUAGUGAAGAUUACUUUAUCAGUUUCAUUAUUGAACAUCAGAUUCCAAAGGUGUUUAUAGGUAGGCUGUUUAGGGGGAGAACAUUUACACCACGUCUUCCAGAUGAUUGGUACAAUGACUUUUGUGGGUUCUUAAUAUGCGUUGUUGUUAACCAAAUGCCAUAUCCGGAUAUUGAUAUAGUCAUCAAGCAGGAGGUAGAUGAAGAUUCUCUAUUUGAGCUUUGGCAGGAGCCUAAUGAAGUAAUUAAGCCUGAAUUUGAUAAAUGCACAACAUAUAUAGGAUAUGUUUCCUUUGGUUCAUUGAGACACACCGGAUUUUAGAAUUCAUUAUACACUAUGAUAUCAGUUUCCUUGGACAGCAGGUAUAUGAAUUCGUCAAAAGGUGAGAGUUAUGUUGGGGCUGAGCUUGUCCCUAGGAAAAGUAAAGGUGAUCAGCCACAAACAACAAAAGUCGCAACAGAUUCCUCAGAAUAUUGGGAUGAGGAAGCUAGUAGUAUAAAGACAUUUAAGAUCAAACGUGAUUCAAAGUCUUCUAUCAAGAUUCUAUGGCGACCUUGGGACAAGUGGUUCUGACAACCUCUUUGUGAUUUGUUUAUAAGUUUGUUGCUUUCUUUGUGUUCCUUCAUGCGACCAUUGUUAAUUCUUUCCCUAUUUUCCAGGACUUCUACUUUUAGGGUUUUUUCUUAUUAGCUGUAUAUUAGUUGUCUAUUAUUAGCUGUAUAUUUCUAGGGUAUUUAAUAUAUUACCUAGUCAAAAUAUUGCUCCAAAAUUAGAAGAUUGUAAUUUCCUAUUUUAUAGCUAUCUCCCUGUAUAUGUACGAUUCUGUUGUGGAAUGAAAUCAAGAAGAAUUCAAUUACGUUCAUGGUAUCAGAGCCAUCGCUCUCUACCUAAAAUCACUACCUGCAGAUCACGAUCUGCACCUCCUGCUAUUUUCUUUUCUCUGUUAUUUUCUUUUCCAACCUGUUCUCAUGUCUGAAAAGGCGGAAGCCUCAUCCACAGCCGUCGCCAAAACCAUGCACCUUGUGUAUACUGUGGCCAAUAUUCAACACAAGGUCAGGGUUCUCGAUGGCUUGAAGGUCUCUUACUCAUCAUGGGUUAAGUUAUUCCAGCUUGAUGCCACGGGCUAUAAAGUCAUGGCACAUAUUGAUGGUACGAAACCACCUGCCAAAACUGAUCCCGAGUAUGAAUAAUGAUCUGAAAUCGAUGCAAUCGUCUUGCAAUUGAUUUAUGGGUAUGCUGACUCGUGUCCUUGAAACUCAAUCUACGGCUCGUGAAGCUUGGUGUCACAUUCAAACCAUAUUCCUCAACAAUAAAGGUUUAAGGGUUGCAGCCCUUGAACACGAGUUCAACAAUCUCACUCUGAAAUCCAUGCCAUCCCUCGAAGCAUAUUGUCAAAAGGUUAAGGAACUAGGUGACAGACUCAAUGAUGUGGACUGCCCUGUCAACAAUCAACGAUUAGUUCUUCAAUUAGUUUGUGGAUUACGUGCUGAGUAUGAUACGACAACGGCCUACAUUAAUCAGACUCUUCCCACGUGGGAGACGGUUGUGAGUAAGCUGGAACUCGAACACCAAAGGCAGACAGCCCGUGAGACCUUGUCCCCACCCACAGCCAUGGAUGCUGUGCAUUCUGCUCCAUCUACUCAACUCAAUCGCCGACGCCAAGGCAACAACCCAAUGGCAAGCAACCCAAUUCUCUGCAGAGUAGUUCUUCCUCUGCCCCAAGGCGCAACCAAUUGAAUCAACAACCCAGGUCUCAGCAGGUUCAGCAAGCACAUGCACAACCUUGGUUUUCCUCAAAUGUCCGUGCUCCCUAUUGGGCUUAUUGGAGCCCACCUCCCUAUCCUUAUCCAACAACUGCAGUUUGGAACUCUCCAUAGAAUUGUCAACCAUCCCAGACUUGGACUCCUUCUGCCCGUAGGCCUGCUUCUCACACCAAUGGCCCAACAGACAAUCAUGCUUAUCUCACAGCUUAUGGCCCGAUGGAACCUACUCAAAUAGGUGAAGCUUUUCAAGAAAUGAAUCUGGAACAACCCGAUGAACAGUGGUACAUGGAUUCGGGAGCCAAUGAUCACCUUACUGGAGACCAAGGAUUACCAGACGGGCCGGAUGAUAUCUCGCCACAAUAGCUUCAGUCAACUUUAUCCUCUCACUUAUCCGGUCGUGGGUUCCACCUUUCUGUACGCAAGUGCUCAAGAUGCUUGGCAUGAUCGUUUGGGUCAUCCUGGCCUCCCUGUUUUGGAUUUUCUUAGUUCAAAUAAAAUCAUUCCAUGUAAUAAACGUUGUCGAACUUUAGUUUGUAAUGCGUGUCAAAUUUCCAAGCAUAAACGUCUAGCUUUUUCUAUUUCUACAUCUUCUACUAUAUUGCCCUUUGAUAUAAUUCUUGUGUCUUGUGGACCUCACCUUUAACAAGUAAAACUGGAUAUAAAUACUACAUGGUUUUAAUGGAUGAUUACACCCAAUACACAUGGGUAUUUCCAUUAAAGUUCAAGUCUGAAACCUUCACAAAAUUCUCAACAUUUCGAAAAUACAUUAAAACCCAAUUCAACAUACCAAUCAAAGCCUUCCACUGUGAUCUAGGGGGUGAAUUCGACAACCAUUCUUUCAAAACGUUCUCUGACAUGAAUGACCUCUACUUCUGGUUUUCUUGCCCUCAAACAUCCCAACAAAAUGGGAAAUCAUAGCGCAUGAUUCGAAGACUUAAUGAAAUCAUGCUUGUACUUCUUACACAUGCAUCUCUUCCACCACAUUUCUGGGUCGAGGCUCUACAUACGACCUGUUAUCUCCAUAACAUCCUCCCGAUUAAGCUCCUCAAUUUUCACACUCCCAUGUCAGCUCUUUACCUCUACCAACCUGACUAUGGCCACUUACGAGUGUUUGGAUGUGCGUGUUAUCCCAACACCACCUCCACUCGAGCACACAAAUUAGAUAUUCGUGCCAAACUUUGAGUCUUUCUCAGUUAUCCGGCCCAUUUUCGUGGCUAUUGGUGCCUUGACCUCUCCACGGGAAAGAUAAUUUUAUCCCGUCAUGUAACAUUCGAUGAAACCUCUUUUCCUAUCGCAAAUAAAUCCAUAUCCACACCCAUAGACUACUCCUUCCUCGAGUCUACCCCAUCUCCCACCUUAUUUGAUCCUAGACCUAACAUCCCCACCUCAUCUACACCGUCUGUCACACCACUCACCCCCUCCAUACCGCUACCACCACCACCACCACCCCCUCCCCCUCUGCCACUCAUCCACCCCUACCACCGCUUCAAACACUAUAAGAAACCCACUUCCUGCCCAGCCUAUCAGCCCCUCGCCUACACCACUCUCUGGUAACGCCCCAACCUCUAUAUCAACACCAACCCCUCUUUCUAUC